CAGUUCAUUCUCCAGUCCCUUUUUAAGCCUCCAGGGGAUUUCCUCUAUACACAGUCUAGGGUUUGGGGUUCCGUUUCUGCUGCCUGUAACCAAAUUCAGUUUAUUCACUGAAAUCGUAGAGCUUGCCUGCAUCACAUCUACAGAAUCCAACAUGGCAACCUCAUCAGUUGCGUUUAAGUCAAGGGAGGAUCACAGAAAGCAAAUUGAAUUGGAAGAAGCACGUAAAGCAGGACUUGCACCUGCUGAGGUUGAUGAGGAUGGAAAGGAGAUUAAUCCUCAUAUUCCUCAGUAUAUGUCUUCUGCUCCUUGGUAUCUUGAUAAUUCUCAGAAACCUAGCUUGAGACAUCAAAGGAAGUGGAAAUCGGACCCAAAUUAUUCAAAGUCAUGGUAUGACAGAGGUGCAAAAGUUUAUCAAGCGGAAAAAUACAGGAAGGGUGCAUGUGAGAACUGUGGAGCCAUGACCCAUGAUGUAAAGUCAUGCAUGGAAAGACCUCGGAAACUGGGUGCAAAGUGGACAAACAAACACAUUGCUCCUGAUGAAAAAAUAGAGUCGUUUGAGCUUGAUUAUGAUGGCAAGCGUGAUAGGUGGAAUGGGUAUGACACGUCCAAUUAUGCCCGUGUUGUUGAGAGGUAUGAAGCACGAGAUGCAGCUCGGAGUAAGCAUCUAAAGGAACAACAACUUAAGAAAUUGGAGGAGAAAAACAGUAACCAAAUUGAUGAGGCUGGGGCUAGUGAUGAAGACAACUAUGAAGAUGAUUUGAGGGUGGAUGAAGCCAAGGUCGAUGAGAGCAAACAAAUGGAUUUUGCUAAGGUAGAGAAGCGUGUACGAACAACUGGUGGUGGGAGCACAGGAACUGUCAGGAAUUUGCGUAUUCGGGAGGAUACAGCAAAAUAUCUUUUAAAUCUUGAUGUUAACUCUGCGCAUUAUGACCCCAAAACCCGGUCAAUGCGUGAAGAUCCUCUUCCAGAUGCAGAUCCAAAUGAGAAGUUUUAUGGGGGAGAUAAUCAAUACAGAAAUAGUGGUCAAGCUUUGGAGUUCAAGCAGCUGAACAUUCAUGCUUGGGAGGCAUUUGACAAGGGGCAAGACAUUCACAUGCAAGCAGCUCCAUCCCAAGCAGAGUUGUUAUACAAGAAUUAUAAGGUCAUAAAGGAGAAACUGAAGACUCAAACAAAGGACACAAUCAUGGAGAAGUAUGGCAAUGCUGCCAAUGAAGAAGAACUCCCAAGAGAGCUCUUGCUGGGACAAAGUGAAAGACAAGUUGAAUAUGAUCGUGCUGGACGAAUAAUAAAGGGGCAGGAGAAUGUGCUUCCUAAAAGCAAGUAUGAAGAAGAUGUUUACAUUAACAAUCAUACAAGUGUGUGGGGUUCAUGGUGGAAGGAUCAUCUAUGGGGCUACAAGUGUUGCAAGCAGACAAUUCGGAACAGCUAUUGCACAGGUGCAGCCGGAAUUAAGGCUGCUGAGGCUGCAACUGAUCUCAUGAAGGCUAAUAUUGCUCGCAAAGAGACCACUGAAGAGUUGCCAGCACCAGUGGAGGAGAAAAGGCUUGCUACUUGGGGAACUGAAGUUCCAGAUGAUCUGGUCUUGGAUGAGAAGUUGCUUUCUGAAGCACUUAGAAAGGAGAAUGACAGAAAGAAAGAGGAAAAAGAUGAAAGGAAGCGCAAGUAUAACGUUACAUGGAAUGACGAGGUUACUCCCGAAGAAAUGGAGGCGUAUAGGAUGAAAAAAAUACAUCAUGAUGACCCAAUGAAGAAUUUCCUACACUAGCUUCAGAGAAAUAUAUAUACAUAUCUAUAAUCUUCAAGGACUGUUUUUCUACUUCGGCUUCGUCAAGUGCAACUAGCUAUGCUAUUGUUCGUUGUACUGCUUUCUCCGUGGCAAUCUUUCGACUAUCUUUCUUUGUGGGCUGUUUGUUUAAGAAGUGAAAUGAAUGCUUCUGUGCAGUGAUCGCUGACUUGUUAUUGUAAAAAAUGUUCUCUCCCCUUUCCAUUCCAACUGGUGUUUUAGAAAAUUUUGUGCCAUUUUAUUUGCUGUAUUUUAAUAAAAUAAAUAUAUUUUUUUUCAA